GCUACCCCGGAUUGUUAUCGCCGAUCGCCGAAAUACACUAUCUUAGCGCCACACUAUCUUAGCGCCACGCUAGCUACUUUCAGCCUAUUUUCGUCUCUCACCUUCACCGCCUACUCCACUGAAAUAAUUUUUGUCAAGACUGAGCGCAGUCGCAUCAGAUCGCAUCGUGAAUAGCUUCAAGCUUGAUUUCUCACUCCACCCCACCCACCAGCUUCGUUGAAGCUCCCACCGCCCAACAUGCCAUCUACAAGUUCUGGGCGUAUCGUCAAAAUCCGUAAGGGGAAAAAGGGAACAAUGCACCAAAAGAACCAUCGAUGGGAAUCCUUCACAGCGAAAAUAUCCAAGCUAAACUCCCUCGACCCCAUCCGACGAGUACGUCGCCACGAUAUCGAAGCCGAGGACCUCACAACCGCCACUUCAUACUUCAAAUCGGGCUUGGAAAAAUGGGGGGAACUUAAUAUGUCCGAGGCAUUUGUCAACUUUGCGGACGAAGUCUUGCCCAUGUGCGAUAGUCUCCCGCAGAUUUUGCAUUUCGAGGAUAAGAUCAUGGGAAUAAUUGUAUCAUAUAUGGAAAAACGGGAACGGGAGUCAAUUGAACCUCUCUUGGAACUGAUUACGGAUUUUGCGCACGACUUGGGUCCAAGAUUUGAGAAGCAUUAUGCAAAAACGUUGGAAUUGGUCACUUCUAUCGCUGGUACGCCACAGGAUGUUGAAGUGAUUGAAUGGAGUUUCAGUUGUCUCGCAUUUAUGUUCAAGUACCUCUCCAAAUUCCUGGUCCCAGAUUUACGACCAACCUACAAUUUGAUGGCGCCUUUACUGGGAAAACAUCGACAGCAACCACAUAUUGCCCGUUUUGCUGCUGAAGCUCUGAGUUUUCUCGUUAAGAAAGCCGGCACUCCAGGACAUAGAGAAAAAGCAUUACCUCUGAUUGUGUGCCAUGCCAAAGCUGACUUAGAGAGCAUUUCUGGAACCAAAGAAUUUGGUCUCUACUACCACGGCCUGAUGACUUUAUUUGCAGAGGCAAUGAAAGGAAAUGGUUUAAGCAUUCACACGUCUGGUCCAGCAAUCUUCAGAUGUUUGGUAUCAACACUGGGCGAGACAGAUUGGAGAUUGAAAGAAUCGUCCCCAUGGGAGAAUCUUGUUACUGGUGUCCUAACUAGCAUGGUCCACCAUUCUAGCUCUGAUACUUUCAAGGAUAUUUUGAAUGUAGUUGAAGAGUCAGCCAGUACCGCUGUGGAUCAAUUCCAAGACUCAACUAAAGAGAACGACUUUUGCCGUCUAUUGUUUCUGGGCAGAUGUAUCGGUGUCGCGUGUGGUGUUAGAAAGGGCACACGAAUUGCUGCUAAUUGGCCGAGCGUAUUAAAGGUACUGGCAAGCAUUCUGCGAGCGAUAUCAAAAAACACAAGCGCCGUCAAUAAUUUCAACUCAAAAGAUGGCCUUUGGAACAAUAUUAUUCUUAGUGUUUCCAUUGUAUUACAAUAUGCCCCUAUGGAUGCGAUAAUCUCUUUCAUUUCGCCAUUUCUCGACUCCUUGACGAAGGAGCCUCUGGCUGAAUGGUUCUUGCCUUUCUCUUCGUAUUUUUCGGAAGCUGACUCGGCACGGUUCCGAAGUAUUGCUUUGCCCUAUUUUCAAAGGUAAGAAGUCUCCCGAGCAUUUUGGCCAGGUUCUAACGUGUCGGCAGAUUUGUAGUCGCGCAUUGGUCAGAUGCGGAAAAUGGCGACACUCUCUCUGUACUAUUGCCAAAAAUGGUGUCUUCUGGUGUACUACCCAGCCACUAUGGUAAAGAUGGCUUCAACUUGCCUCAGUCAUGGCAAGACCAGAUUGUGAGCAAAUUUGAGAAACUGGAGGUUUCGCCAUUCCCUGAACAGGCUUCCGCAGGAUCUCAAGACAGGAGUCCUACAACUUGGCAUGAUCGAUGUCUUCCCAAAUAUAACGCGCUUCUCGAAGUUUUGGCAUGUACUGUCGUACAUCCAUCAACUAAUGCCCGAAUUUCUGAAAUCUUGCUUCGAAAAUUGAAACUAGCGUUGCGACCUUCGUCGUCUCUUGCCCCAGAAGAAGCAAACUUUAUAGUCGGGCGAGGGUUCAGUGCGUUUUCAAGAAUGAGGAAAGGUGCCGGCGAGGUCGAUCGAGCCCUCGAGCCAUUACUACGUGCAGCCGCACCAAGAUAUGCUCGCCUACCCCAUUUUUUGGAAGCUAUGUAUGAUUAUGAAACAAGUCUAAAGUUAUCCCCCAAGCCCAAGACUGCAGCGGGGAAGGAAGAAACAGAGGCCGACGCAGAGGUUGACCUGCUUACAACGUCAUUAAUUUCCAAUCUCUCAACCGGAUCACACAAUCUACGACUUUUAUCUAUUCGUUUGUUAGACCAUCUCUACACAACAGAGCAUGGAUCCGCAUCAGAAGCUCUCUCAAUUAUGAUAAUGGUAGAGCAGACUCCACUCGAUAUAGAGAGUGCUCGGUCUGCAUCAAUGCACAUCCGAAAACUUGCCACGUUAUAUCCACAUCAAGCACCGUCAUCGUGGCUCAAGCAAGCAAUCCCAUCGUUUUGCUUCGGUAUGUUAACCGUCAAGUAUGCCCAGAUAUGGGAAGACUCAUGUCUUGCUCUUGAACAAAUUUCAGAGUCCAAGAUUGGCGAGGAAGUCGUUGGAAAGCUUGCGUUUGGCUGGUUAGACUCGCCUUCUAUGACCUGGGAUGGGUCGGCUAAGAAUGUAGAGCAGCCUCGAAAUAAUGGACUGACAGAUUUUGAAUGUUCAAACUUGUCCACUCUGGACCAACAGGCAAAUGAUGCCUUGUCUGAGGUUAUCAAAGCUCGAGAUACCAUGCUGCAGAGAUUUGAGGAUGCCCAACAGUUGGUAACAUCGCCACCCCCAGUUGCCAGAUCACAGGCACUCCGGUUGCUCCUCGUCACUCCUACUAUUGCAGAGAAGAGGUCUAGGCAGCUUGUUCCAAUGUUCCUAUCUUGGUCCAGCAAGUCAGGAGAUGAUCAAGACCCAUCUGGAGAACGUGCAGAGAUUGUACCAAGCGGUUGGACCAGAAAAGACCAGAAAUCACAGCUCGAUUUGUUCAGCUCCUUCGUCAACCCAAAAUCGCUAUACAAGUCUGAAGAAGUAAAGGUUUCACUUCUGCAGUUAAUUGCGAAUGGAGAUAUCGAAAUUCAAAAGUCUGCACUGAAGGCUAUCUUCACCUGGAAGGACAAUAGCAUCCGACCGUAUGAAGAAAAUCUUCUUAACCUUCUGGAUGAGAAUCGCUUCAAGGACGAGAUUUCGACGCUGCUUCAGGGAGAAACGCUAAUUCAGCCUGAUCAUAGACCAUCACUCAUGCCUGUUCUUCUUAGGCUGCUCUAUGGGCGCUCUAUCUCGAGAAAGGGCGCUGCGAGUGGCAAAGCAGGAUUGGAAGCGCGAAGACUGACAGUUCUACGAAGCUUGAGCGUUGAAGACGUCGAGCAUUUCUUAGAUAUUUCCCUUGAUGAACUGAAAGAUCUCAACUUACUCAAGAAUGGUUCAGUAGAGGAUUCCGUGUUCGAUAAGCAGAUUCUGAGUGUGCGGAAACAACUUGGUGUGACCAAUAUGCUUGAAGGAGUAUUAAAGGAGCUUGGUUCAAAAGUAGCGCCAUUUGCCGAGAAGCUAUCCCAGACUGUACUAUACUGCACCAUUCAUGCUUCGCGUCAGUUAGAGGAUGACACGGAAGAACUUGAUGGGGAGACAGAACAGGUCACUCAAACCUCUCUGCUUAAGGUCGUUCGCCAAACUGGACUGAAGUGCCUGAUCCUCUUGUUCAACAACGCCGCUGAGCUAGACUGGUCUCCGUACUUGGAGACCAUCGUCAACAACGUUAUCCUUCCUAGGCUUGAAAAGCUACCAAUCGAAACUGCUCAAAGUGUUGCCACAAUUUUGCGACUUCUUUCAACCUGGUCUAUGUCCGCAAAUUCCGUGCUGUUUCUUGGGAGCAAUGCAGAAAUCUUGCCAAAGUUGGCUGAAUGUCUUGCCCCUUUAAAGUCAAAAGACGAGGUCAAACUCUAUGUCUUGAGUGUUAUCAGAAAUAUCAUCAAGAUUGCUCGGGAAGACGACAAUGACGCAAUUAAAGCUCAAGUCAAAACUGAAUUACUUACACCGAAUAUGGAUCAUUUUCUCUCACACAUUGGUGGUGUUCUUCGUGGUCAGCAUGAUCUUAGCAAGGACUUGCUCGAAGGUUGUGUGGCUACAGUUUCAGAACUUGCCCCAUUUGUCACUACCUCGACGCAGGCUCAUAAUCUUGUGAGCGUGUCGGUAUUCCUCCUCGAUCAGCCCUCGCGGCGUGUCAGUCCAAAAACGAAAUCCGGGCUUUUGCUGGUCCUUGAGCACUUUGUUCCACUUUACGAUCUGCAAAAUGAUCCGGAGCUGAAGGACAAAGUCUACAAUACUGUAACUUCACUGUUUGGGUUCUUCAAGGACAAAGAUAGUCGAGAAGUUCUAUCGCGUGUGCUAAUGGUUUACGCUGAGAAAGAUCCAGUCCUGGGAGACGUCGCCACUAUAUGUCUUGGUCUUAACUCUUUUAUUGAAGGCCGACUUGAUGAGCCCGACUAUGACCGCCGUCUCAAGGCAUUCAAACUCAUCACAACUCCUAAGGAUUCGCUCACAGCUCAUCAAUGGAUUCCGCUCCUUUACAACAUGCUGUUUUACAUCCGCCAUGACGAAGAAUUCGGAAUUCUUUCCUUGAACAGUUCCGAUGGUUUGUGCCAAUUUGUUAGUUCGGCAGGCAGCGCCGCGGAUGAUUCCGAAAAAGCAUCAUUUAAGAGUCUGAUAUCAACGGUUUUGAUGCCAGCCAUAUUUCUUGGUGCCCGAGAACCAUCUGAAGUCAUACGAAGGGAAUAUUUGAAAGUCAUGGCUCAUCUCGUUCGAACUUUCCCCGAUUGGGAUGAAGUCGGGGAUAUGUACGGUCUUCUUGCUGGCGAAGACGAACUUGAAUCUUCAUUCUUCAAUAAUAUUAUCACAGCCGGUAAAGGGCGACAGUCUAAUGCUUUAAGCCAGCUUUCUAAUGCCGCGCAAAGAGGGGAAUUGAGUGGAAAGAAUGUUAGCCACUUCUUUAUUCCUCUCAUCGAACACUUCAUAUUUGAUCGGGCUGAAGGAAGUGAUGCUCACAAUCUGGCAGCGGAAGCUACAACUGCAGUGGGGAUUCUGUCAGGAUCCUUGGAAUGGCAACAGUACAGAGCGAUGUUGAGAAGGUUCAUUGGUUACGUUCGCGCAAAACCUGAACUGGAGAAACAGAUAAUACGCCUUUUAGGUAAGGUCAUUGACGCAUUGGCAUUAGCAGCACAAGAAUCGCCUGAGGUCGAGGACUCCAUGAAACCACGUAGCAAGCUAGCAAAAACCAUGCCAAAACAGCUCAAACUCGCAGAAGACCUUAGCACAAACAUCCUUCCAUCUUUGACGAGCUACCUACACGACAAAGACGAAUCUACUGUCAGUCUCCGUGUCCCAGUCGCAGUUAUUAUUGUGCGGCUGUUGAAGCUGCUUCCCCAAGAACAGCUCAACGAAAAGUUACCACCUGUUCUCACAGAUAUUUGUUACAUUCUGAGAAGUAAAGCUCAAGAGGCACGAGAUAUGACUAGAGACACUUUGGUCAAGAUAUGUGUCUUGCUUGGUCCUUCUUGUUUUGGUUUCAUUUUGAAGGAGCUAAGAGGAGCAUUGGCAAGGGGUUAUCAGUUGCAUGUUCUCUCGUAUACAAUGCAUUCCAUGCUUGUAGCAACAACACCUGAAUAUGCGCCUGGUGAUUUGGAUUACUGCUUGCCAUCUAUUAUUGCCAUUAUCAUGGACGAUAUUUUUGGCGCUAUUGGUCAAGAAAAAGACGCCGAAGAGUAUGUGAGCAAAAUGAAAGAGGUCAAGAGCAGCAAGAGUCAUGACUCGAUGGAACUCAUCGCCAUGACAGCCACUUUGAGUCGAUUGACGGAUCUGGUCAAGCCAAUACAAGCCUUACUCAAAGAAAAGCUCAGUCUAAAAAUGGUUCGAAAAAUUGACGAAUUGCUUAACAGAAUAAGUAACGGCCUUUUGAGGAAUUCUGCCGCUCAGAGCCGCGACAGUCUUAUCUUCUGUUACGAAGUUAUCCAAGAUGUAUACAAUGCCCAAAAGCCGACAGAAAAGUCCAAAGGAAAUUACCGACUCAAGCGAUAUCUCCUCCAAGAAGGCGCCAAGAGAGCUGGCGAGAGGGGAAGCAACACAAUCUACACUUUUAAAUUGGUCAGAUUUGCUUUCGAUGUUCUUCGCUCAGUUCUCAAAAAAUAUGACGAUCUUAGAACCUCGAGUAAUUUGGCUGGAUUCAUUCCUAUUUUGGGUGAUGCCAUUGUACAGUCCGAAGAAGAGGUGAAAGUGGCUGCUUUUCGAUUGCUCGCGACUAUAGCCAAGGUUCCUUUAAAGACCGCUAUUGAUGGCACAAAUUUGUAUCGAAUCGCGGCUUGGGAGGCAACAAAAUGCAUAUCGGCCUCCUCAACCACUACAUCAGAUAUUGCGCAAGCAUCCAUCAAAAUGAUUUCCGUCAUUCUUCGAGACCGCCAGGAUGUUGCUAUAAAAGAUACCUCGGUUGAUGAGCUUCUUGUCAGGCUGAAAGAUGACAUGACAAAACCUGAACGUCGCCAUGUUACAUUCAACUUGUUGAGGGCAGUCAUGGACUCAAAGAUCCAAACGGCCUUUGUAUACGAUACUUUGGAUUACGUUGGUACUGUCAUGGUCACCAACGACGACAAAGACACCAGAGAUUUAGCUCGAGGUGCAUAUUUUCAGUUUCUCCGAGACUAUCCCCAGAAGAAGAAUCGUUGGACAAAGCAGCUUGCUUUUAUUGUUGCCAAUUUGAAGUAUGAUCGAGAGGGUGGUCGUUUGUCAAUUCUAGAGGUCAUCCAUCUGCUGCUGUCAAAAUCGUCCGACGACUUUGUUCAAGAAGUUUCAGCAACAUGCUUUGUACCGCUUAUUUUUGUUCUCGCCAACGACGAUAGCGAGAAGUGCCGUAUGGCAGCCGGUGAAGUUAUGAAGGAGAUUUUCAAAAAUGCCGACAAGGAGAGACUUGUAUCAUUCCUCACUAUGCUCCGAUCGUGGGUGAAGCAGACAGAAAACACAUCGGUAGUAAGAUUGGCUCUGCAGACUUAUGGGUUCUAUUUUGAAUCAACUGAGAAUGAGGGCAAAGAUGUUCCUAUCCUUCAGGAUUGCAUUCAUGAAACCAUCAGACUGGCGAAAGAUUCCGACUCGGAUUGGGAGCAGAUCUAUGCUGGAUUACAAUUGGCAAUCACCCUCGUUCAAAAGUUCCCUGACUCAAUGCUUUCUUCCAAGAUGAAGUAUUUCUGGGUCUCUGUUAGGUCUUGUCUCAUGUUUCCACAUGCUUGGGUCAAAUCAUCUGCCGCGAAAAUCAUGAGUAUCUACUUCGCGGACUUUGCACGAACCGACGCAGAAACUGAAUUCCAUGGUCUGCCUCUGAAGGGCUCGGGAGGGUUGAAACUCGACGGCGAUGAUAUCACAGACUUGAUUCGACGCACCGUACACAUGUUCAAGACUCCCGGUCUCACAUCGCUCCUCGCGGGGGAAAUCUCCAAGAACCUCAUUUUCCUCGGUCGCUGCGCCGCCGCCAACGAUUUAAAAUGGGGUAAAGCACAAGAAGUGGCAUCAGACGAUGAGGAAGAGGACGAGGUAGAGACAGAGACCAAGGAACAAGAAACAGCUUUACACUACCUCUUCAACAAACUCUCCUUCAUCCUCCGGAAAGAACUCUCCCCACCCCGUGCCCCAGCACUCAUCCUAAAAUCCUCAGCACUCCAACUCCUCUCCCAUCUCCUCUCCCAACUCACACCCGAAGAACUCACCCCAUCCCUCCAAACCAUCCUCCUACCCCUUCACAACCUAACCGAUCCAUCCAUCCCCGCGCCCUACUCCACGGACACCGCUUUCAAAGAAGGCUACCAGGAGUUGAGAGAUAGCAGUGAGGCAGUCAUGGAGACGAUCAAGGGGAAAGUGGGGACACAGUUGUAUACUGAGGCGAUUUUAGGUGUACGGGAAGGCGUGAGGAAGAGGAGGGAGGAGAGGAGGGGGAAGAGACGGAUUGAGGCGGUUAGUGAUCCACUUGCUCAUGGAGAGUUUAAGAGGAAGAAGGGGGAGAGGAAGAAGGAGAGACGGAAGGAGAGGGGGCAGGAACAUAGUUUGAGGAGGGUGGGGGAGUUUUAG